UCAACCGUUUUCCUAACUUUUUUUUAAUAAUAAAUGAGCAUUUUGAGGCAUGCAUUUUUAGAUUUUCAUAACUUUUUUGUUGAUUUAUUUACAGAAGCUGUAAUACUGGUAUCGGUAAAAUUAGUAGUGGUAGAAAUGAGGUAUAUUUGGGUCAUGGCUGUCUAAAUAAAAGAAAUGUUUUACACGAAUUGGGACAUGCAAUCGGCUUUCAUCAUGAACACAAUCGUCCAGAUCGUGAUCAAUAUGUUAAAAUCAAAAUGGAAAAUGUUUACAACGGUAAAGAAUUUAAUUUUGAUAAAUUGUCACCUGGAGAAAUCACUACUCUUAAUCAAAUUUAUGAUUACAAUUCAAUAAUGCACUAUAAAAGAUAUGAAUUUUCAUCUGAUCGAUCUAAAGAUACUAUAGUACCUUUACAAACUGAGAAUAAUGAAAUUGAUAAAAUUGGUAAAGGAGCAAAGCUGAGUGAUAUUGACAUUAUUGCUACGAAUUUACUCUACAGAUGUAUUGAGUGUGGAAAGACCUUGCAAAACCCUGAAGGAACAUUUGGAACAGCGAUUGAUGCUCAUACAUCACUGACCACUAAAAAACAUUGUCAAUGGAGAAUUACAGCAUCACAUGGUGAAAAAAUCGUUCUCUACAUUACAUCAUUAAAUAUUAUAGAAACGUGGCCGAAGUGUCAGACUGAUUAUUUACAAAUCAUAGAUGGGUACUCGACCAUAAACUCUCUCUUAGCUUCAAUUUGUGGAAAGCAUAGAAUUUUACAUCCAAUAAUUUCUUCCGGUAAUCGGAUGCUUGUUACAUACCGCACAGAUAAUUUCAAUAAAACGUAUUAUGGUUUCACAGCAAGAUACUAUAAGAUUUGUGGCGGUGACAUUGAAAUCGAAAAUGAGAACCAAAAUUAUUAUUUAGAAUCACCAAACUAUCCAAGCCCAUACAAAGAUAACAAGAUAUGCGUUUGGCAUUUAAUUUCACCUUUCAAUCGGAACAUAUCUAUAAAUUUUAAUUAUUUCAAACUCGAAGAAUCUGUCGAUUGCGAAAACGAUUUUCUUGAAAUAAAAAACGGUGAUAAUUAUUAUUCAUCAUCCGUUCGAACUUAUUGCGGUAAAGAUUCUCCAGGUAAAGUCAUUUCGGAAGGAAAUAAGUUGGUUAUUAAAUUUGUCAGCAAUCAUGAAAUUCAAGGUAAUGGAUUUUCUGCGAUUAUAACAAUGAUAUAA